AUGGCCGCGAAACCACGCAAGCAGCUGUCCAUUGCGGAAUGCGACGCACUCUUCAUCCGGCCGGGCACGCUGUUCGAGAUGAGCCCCGAGAUCAUCAACGGGCGCGAGUACCGGGGAUGGCGCAUGGUCCGCCCAUACCUCGUCGACCGGAUGAACAAGUGGGCUUCGCGGGUGUUUAUCAACGCAUGCCGUGAUGAGCCGUACCCAAAAGACGAGCGGUUCGAUUAUACCUUUGGUGAGAUCCACCGACGUGCCCUGCAGGUCGCUGGGUGGCUGCGCGAAACCCACGGCGUUCGUGUCGGCACGCGCGUCGGUGUCCUCGGCUUCAACAGUGUCGAGUGGGCUGUUGUUUGGGUUGCGCUUCAUCUCCUCGGCGCUGUCCCAACUAUUAUUAAUAGUUGGGUACAGCCCGACGCGCUUGUGCACUGCCUCACACUGUCCAAGCCCGUGCUUGUUCUCGCCGACGCCAAGAGCGCCGAUGCCGUUGCUCCUUAUUCAGCAGAGUUGAAGGCCGCCGGAGUUGGCCCAAUUAUGGCUUGGUCGACUAUGGAGCACCUCACACACAAGGACCAUCCCGUUGUUGACCUCUGGGGCGUCCCAGCCUCCAAGGAGGCCGUGCUCGCCGUUACUACGGGUGAUGGCUUGGAGAGCCUGACUCCCCAAAGCCUUGGUUCAAUCUUCUUCACGUCCGGAACGACAGGAUUGCCAAAGGGCGUCCCCAUGACUCAGCAGGGACUUUUACACAACCUCAAGUGUGGACAGAGCAUGGUCAUCCGUGCCGCCCUGCGUGCCGGUGCCCCACUCGACAUGGCUCUCGCGCUUGCGGUGACUGAGAACACUGAGCAGGCGCGGGCGCUACACGCCGUCCCCAUGUUCCACGUAACGGGGGGCGGGCAGUUCUUGAAUUCGUUCAACGACGGCAAGAAAAUGCACUUUAUGCGCCGCUGGAGCGCUACCGACGCCGUCGAGUUGCUCAUCAAAUACAAGAUCAACCAAGUGUCCGGCGUUCCUGCCAUCUCAAACGCCAUCCUCCAACACCCCGGCUUGCCCGACGACCACCAGCUCACCGCGGUGAUGUAUGGCGGUGCUGCGCCGCCUGAACGCUUGGGGGCAGAUAUGAAGAACCGCUGGCCAGAGUUAGUCCUCAACCACGCAUGGGGCAUGACCGAGUGCCAGGGACUUAUCACGUCCUUUGUCGGGCCGGAUUACCUUGAGCGCCCAAAGUCGUGUGGGCCGCCAAUACCCUCCAACGACGUGCGGGUUGUGGAUAUCGAGACGCGUCGCGUACUUGGCCCCAACGAGGUCGGAUCCCUCGAGGUGCGCGGAUACAAUGUCAUGUCCGGAUACCUCGAUGAUCCGGCCGCGACGGCCAAGGCGAUCGACAAGGACGGGUGGUUUGACUCGGGUGAUGUCGGUUGUAUUGACAAAGACGGGUUCGUGUACAUCUCGGACCGAAUCAAGGACAUUAUCAUUCGCGGCGGCGAGAACAUUGCCUCGGAGGAGGUCGAGAACGCCAUUUACCGGGACGACCGGAUUGCCGAGGCUGCCUCGGUACCCGUCCCGGACGACAUGCUUGGCGAGCUCGUCGCUGUUGGGGUCAGUCUCAAGCCGGGCGCCAAGGCCACUCCCGAGGAGAUUAUCGCUGCGGCCACGCCGAGACUCCGCCGCGAGGCGCGUCCCGUCUUCGUCUGGGUUUCCGAUGACGUCCUCCCCAUGAACGCCAAUGGCAAAUACCUCAAGUCGGAGAUCAAGAAGACCGUACAGGCGCUCUACAAGCAACACAAGGCGCGCGAGGCCAAGCUCUAG